CACGAAAUGAAAAUGAUUUUUUUUAAAAAGGCGAUGCGGGAAGAAAGGUCUGAAAGCUGUAACGAUGAGGACGUCGAAAACUCUGCUCCAACGUAGUGUGAAUAAUACCCAUCUAUGAUACAGCUCUCCAAUUACCGCUUUGGGGCACCAGCCUCCGCUUUGGUCGGCUGUUUUUUGCCUCUCUCCUUUUAAGCUCGCUGGUCUGCUCGGGUUUCUUCCUGGAAAACACCGGAGGCAAGGGAGGGAUGGCCAGGGUCGGGUUGGAGGCGGAGGGAACCACCCACCGGCCCUUCCCUUUUCCCCAAUAUCGCGUCACAGCCAAGAAAAGGCUCGGGAGCGGCGCCCAUGUAUCGUAUAGGAAAACGAAAAUGAAAGUGGCGGCUCCUCGGCCACUUUCGGCAACAUGGCGGAGGGGAGGAGGCCCUUGUCUCUAUUCGCCGUGCGGGUGCAGGCGGAUUGGGGGACUCCAGAACCCCCCAAACAGCUGAGAAACAAACUUUUGCUCUACUUUCAGAGCCGGAAGAAGUCGGGAGGCGGAGAGUGUGAGAUCCAGCGGCAAUCCGGACAGGUCUUGGUUUGCUUUGCUAAGGAAGAAGGUAAGGGGGGGGGGUGGAGAGAAAAAAAUUCCCCUUCUUUUCCUGGGACUGGUGCUCCCCCUCGAUGCAUUUGUAGGACGCUUCCAGAAAGCAGUUUUGCAGCUUUCGUGGGAGGGAAGGGGGGCGAGUUGUUAUGUGCCUUUAAUAAAUAUUAAAAAGAAGGGCCUUCCCGCAUAGGAGACACCAAAAAGGGGGCUUCCUCCGGUUUAGUCACGCUAAACUGCUUUAACAGCGCCAUUCUGUGUAAACUGAAGCCCCUCACAGUGUCUAUUGGGUCUUAUUCCUUGGGUUGCAAUCUUAAACCUACUCCCUAAGUCUGUAAAAGGUAAAGGUAAAGGGACCCCUGACCAUUAGGUCCAGUCGUGACUGACUCUGGGGUUGUGGCGCUCAUCUCGCUUUAUUGGCCGAGGGAGCCGGCGUACAGCUUCCGGUCAUGUGGCCAGCAUGACUAUGACGCUUCUGGCGAACCAGAGCAGCGUACGGAAACGCCGUUACCUUCCCGCUGGAGCGGUACCUAUUUAUCUACUUGCACUUUGACGUGCUUUCGAACUGCUAGGUUGGCAGGAGCAGGGACCGAGCAACGGGAGCUCACUCCGUCACGGGAUUCGAACCGCCGACCUUCUGAUCAGCAAGUCUUAGGCUCUGUGGUUUAACCCACAGCGCCACCCGUGUCCCCCUAAGUCUGUAGCUAAGCCUAAUAACGUAAAAGUGAAGCCCCUGGCAACCCUGACAGAAGCUGUCUUGUGAUUAACCAGGGGCAAGAGUCCAGCAAGUGGCCUGUGAGAUAGAAACAGCUCUACUAGACAGGAGUAGUACAGCACAAGGAAAAUAUGGAUUAUGGGGGGGCAGCUGGUGUGAGGGGAGGGAUAUCAUCUGGGACAUCCUCGUGCUCACUAAGGAACAAAGGUUGAAAAUGUGUCCCUUCUUUCGUCGUUAUGUAGGCAUACAUAAAACAGUUCUGUUAAUUAAAAUGAAAAACAAACAAAUGUACCAAUAACCACCUUCACUCUCUGAAUAUCCCCUACUCAGCAAAUUGAAGAAGGAGAAAGAGAUAAAGAAGAACCACAAAAGGAAGGAAACUGGGGCGUUAGCCACAAGAUACAUAGAGAAAUAAGCAAAACAAAAUAAUCGGAAGUCAAAGAGGUUUCAGACUAGAUAUGACUGCAUACCCCCACACCAAUAUAAUUCCAUUAGUUCUGUGCCUGUUGAGUUCAGAAUUUUAUCAUGUGGUGGUGUUGAUUGCUUCCCUGUUGGAUUAAAGAAUUCUAUCCCCAGAUCAGGAUUUAUCAUCCCAAAUUCCAUUGAAACUGAUGUUUGACCUUUGGUGUCUGGUCACUCAAAAUAGGAAGGCUUGCUCACAUGAGUUAUGAGUCCAAAUACUAACCGUGGAAUUCAAGAAGAUACACACCUCUUAUUUAUUUUGGCGUGGAGAGGCAUCACUUAGUCAUUAUGAAACUGACUGCAAACAAAACUGCUUGGCCCUUUCUCUUUGCUGCCUUAACAUAGCCAUGAACAUUUCUAGAAUCUCUACAGGGAUAGGGAGCCAAAGGCCCUCUAAGACUCUGACCCCUAUCAGCUCCAGUUAGCAUGGCUCAUGUUCCAUGUGGAUGAUGGGAGUUGUAGUCUGGCAUCUGGAUGGUUGCAGGUUUUCCCAUGCCUAACCAAGGAGCAGUAAGCCAGCAUGGUGGUUGCUCUGUUAUCAUGAUGACAGUAAUUUAUUUUUUUGUUUCAGUGAGGCAAAGGGUUCUUUCCAAAGAGACCCAUGAACUUGACCUAGAGGGAAAAGGAACAUUGAAGCUGGUGGUCACACAGCAUGAAAAAACUGCCAAAGAGAAUGUGCCUAAGAAGGAAACUGAUCUUCAUCAGGUAUUAAGGCAAUAUUUGACCUGGUGGAAUCUAGAGCUCUGAACCAAGAUGUUCACCAAAGCAACAAAUCAAUAUGCUGUUGUUCUCUUUUUAGGCUUCCAGGGGAGAAGACGUGGCAGAAGAGACUGGUAUGGUGGUUCUCUUUCAGUAUGAUUAUCAUGCCAGGGGCAGGAGUGGGUGGGCUUUCCUAUCCCUAGCCAAAGGUGGGGUGGGUAUUUUUUGUUCUGUUUAACAGAAAGAAAGCCCAGGCAAGCCCACUGAGGCCACCAUUCUCUCCUCCUACUUCCAAGCCAAUGAUUUAUAUAUAUAUAAUGAUGAUACUCACCCUGUCAUCUGGGGCUCGGACCACAUUCUUUGUGACACACAAAGAAUAUUUCUCUGGUGAUGGUUCUCAAAAAUAAGGAAGCAAGAUGCAAAAGCAGGUCCACAGACAGCUUGGACUGCAACAAAAUGGGGGUGCCUUUUUUGUUCUGGGAACUUGUAUCCUGGAAAGAAACAAUUGGAACAUUCCCAGAGCAAUAAAAAAAUGGUGGGUGGGUGGAGUGGGACCUCCCACUUUCAGAGCAAGGAUAGAAAAAUUUUGUGCUCCGCCAGUUUCUUCCAUGUAAAAAACCAAAUCAAAUCUGCAGCCCAGAUGAAUUAUUAUUAGUAGUAGUAUUUGUUUGUUUGUUUGUUUGUUUGUUUAAUUUCUGUACCGCCCUUCAUCUGAAGAUCACAGGGUAGUCUACUGUAUAAAAACACAAAAUACCUACAAAUACAUUCCAUCAGGGCUUUUUUUCAGCUGGAACUUGCUGGAACUCAUUCUGGCACCUCUCAGGUGAGCGCCAUUGCCAUUCUAAGAGAACGAGGGAGGCGUUCAUGGCGAGUUCCGGUACCUCUUUUUCUAGAAAAAUAGCACUGCAUACCACAAACACAUUAACUUCUUACUUAAUUUCUGACUCUUCAAGAGACAUGCUUUUUUCAGGGUUUAUUUACUAACAAUCACAGAAUUCUGAUCAAUACAGUAAGUUUCUUUUUCUUCCUUUAGUUAGCUUCUGCCCAGUAAUUUGGUGAUUUAUUCUGGUUUGCUGUGAGCAUAGUUCCCUCAGUAAACAUUAUGGGCUUGGGUGGAAGCAUAUUAAUGGCUGCUGGAACAGUAUUUAACACCAUCUUACACACAAAAAAAGAAGAGGAUGUAGAUUAAGGUUAAAUCCCAGAAAAAUAGUUGGCACACUGUUCUGUCUAUGCUGACAAACACUGAGUAGUUGCAUAUUUUACUUGUUUUUUUUCUCAAAUCAGAUGUGCAGCAAGACUUGCAAAAAAAGGGCAUCAAAGCAAACAGAUUGACACAUGAAACUCCCUGUCACAAGGAGGAUAUCGAAGCAAACAGAUCAACACAUGAAACUCCCUGUCACAAGGAGGAUAUCCUCACCAAAUCCCACACCUCUUCCCGUGUCAUUCUUGAAAAUGUUGAGGAAUUUUUCGACAAGCCUGAUGUGUUAAAUCUGCUUGUAGAGAAUAUCAGUGGACUCUCAGAAGGAAGUGAUUUUGAGAUUGAACAGAUAAGUGAGAGAAAUGCCGCAGUGAUAACCUUUCAGCAAAGCAUCGGUAAGAAAUGGUAACUUUGUGUUGCUUGACAAUUUCACAUUGGGAGAAUUGUUGGCGUUGAUUCCUUUUAAAACGAUUCCAUUAAAAUACCUGUGAAGUUCACAUAUUCUUGGCUUCUCAGGUUACUGGUCUGUUUUUGGAGCGUUCAAGAUAAAAGCUUGAUCCUAACUGUAGUUAAAAGUUUAUGUAAAUGGCCUUUCCAAACUUAGUGCCCUUCCCAUACUUUGGUCUGUAAUCUCAGUCAUACCUGGCCAUUGGGCUAUACAGGCUGGGGAUGAUGGGAGUUGUAUUCCAGAAAAUCUGGACUACAACAGGUUGACGAAGGCUGGUGUAAACAUGUUUGCUACACAGUUUCUUUCCAGAAGUAUUCCAAACUGCACACUUUCCCAAUUCCGUUCCUCUGAAUUCUUAAUUAAUGGUUAGUCCACUCCUUUCCAUUUCAGUGUAAAAGUCUUUGCUUGUCACUAUGCUGCUCAGUUCCCAUAUUUCCAUGGCUCUUCACUUUUGUUACAUUCUUAACAGAUAAUUUGAAUUUUCAUUUGGAUGUAGCAUUGCUCAGUAUUUUAGCACCGGCUGAAGGAAAGAGUGAAAGGCAAAACUCGGUCACUGAAGGAAAUGGCAACAUAGUGAGUUGGCGCAGUAACAUAAGAAUUGACUCUUUUGGGGAAAGUAUAUCUAGUUCAGUAUUCUUUUUCUGAGCAGGUGUACGCAGCACACCCACAGAUGUUCACCCAGCCCCUUUCCCCUCCCAACUUUCAGUUUUAGAUUACUCUGUUCAUGGCAGAUGGGCGGGGUAUAAAUAAUAAAUUCUUAAAGGUAAAGGUAAAGGUACCCCUGCCCGUACGGGCCAGUCUUGACAGACUCUAGGGUUGUGUGCGCAUCUCACUCUAGAGGCCGGGAGCCAGCGCUGUCCGCAGACACUUCCGGGUCACGUGGCCAGCGUGACAAGCUGCAUCUGGCGAGCCAGCGCAGCACAUGGAAACGCCGUUUACCUUCCCGCCAGUAAGCGGUCCCUAUUUAUCUACUUGCACCCGGGGGUGCUUUCGAACUGCUAGGUUGGCAGGCGCUGGGACCGAGCAACGGGAGCGCACCCCGCCAUGGGGAUUCGAACCACCGACCUUUCGAUCGGCAAGUCCUGGGCACUGAGGUUUUACCCGCAGCGCCACCCGCGUCCCAAUAAAUUCUUACUCUUAUCUUGUCUUGGUCAUGCCUUGGUUCCUGAUUUCUUUGCACUGUCUGUGGUUGCUCUUUAAAGAGGAACAAAGGAUAGCACUGAGGAAUCUGAGCCUCACUGAGUAAGGUUAUAAGGCUGCAGGACCACUCAGGGACAGGCGAAUUCAAAAAAUCUUUGAGUAGGGAUUGGCUUGCCUUUCUAAAGAUGAAGUGGCUGAAGGUUUUUUCUUUUCUUCCAGAAAAAGAGGCACCAGCUUGGUUGCCCUCAGCCCCUUUGUAAUUCUGGAUAGAAUGGGAAAAGCGUUGUGCUAUGAUGAGCAUUAUCUGGCAGGGUCUUUUUGGUGGUGGGGCAUAAUAAUUGCUCCUGUUGGUGACCUGAGCUGUUUUUUCUUUAAAGCUAAUCUCACCUGAAAUUUCUUAAGAUUCCUAUCCCCCCUGUCCCAUGCGCCAAACCAAUUUUGAGCAAUAAUAACAACUGUGAAUGACAGUAACAUCUGUGAAUGAUCACAGUAGAGCAAGAAAUAAUUGCCUGAUAAGACUUUUGCCUUUUCUUUUCAGAUGCUGCAAAUUUUGUAUCCCAGUGUCACAGGAACAUCAGGUUUAAAGAAUUCAAAAUUACUGCCAAGCUGCUUGAAUUGACGCAGACGAUCAAAGUUGAAAAUAUCCCGUCAGGAGUACCCAAAGAUUAUUUAAUUCUCUAUUUUGAAAGUUCAAAGCAUGGAGGAGGACAAGUGUCUAGUAUUCAAAUGUCACCUGAGGAGAAUUCAGCCAUCGUUACUUUUUGUGACCACCAAGGUAGUAUAUUCUAUUUUUGUAGGUGACUGAAAAAACAAAACAAAAAAAUUGCUAGUGGGAUGGCUCAAAAGCAGGAGCUCUGUUAAUGGCUUCUUGGAGAUUGAGGCGUUGGUGGAUUUUAAGGUCAUAAAAUAAUCACAACUGUCAUUCACAAGUCAAGGGAAGAACUGUACUGUAUUGAUAAUCCAAAUGGCAGGAUCAGCAGGGGAGGUAGCACGAGAAUGGUGAUGAACCAUAGGCCUGGAAAGUUUUAACCUUCCAAGCCUUCCAGGGCACCUCCAAGCAUGUAUUAUGGCAGGGAUGGGGUACCUUUUUUGGCCAGGAGGACCAGGUCCUUAUCAGAUCCUAUCCUCAUGGGCUAAAGUUGACAAGUGGGUGGGGCUGCUUGCGUGUCCAUCACCUCACCUUGCAAUGAUGUCAGGUGAUUGGGCCCUUGAAAGCAUGCACAAAGCACUUUGUGUCUGGACUUCAAAGCAUCACGCAGGACUUGCAAAGAGCCCUGGAGCUGCUUUGAAGCACCUGAGGCUUUCUUUUCACCUGCGGGUAUCUUUCCUGUGGAGAACUCAACUGUGUGGCCCAUCCAGCAGUCUUCAGCUCUAUUGCACAUCAGCCUGCUCUCCUUUGCCUCUGUACUACUGGAAGCACACUUUAAGGGUCACAGUUGUGUGUUGGCAGUUGCAUCUCUUUGCCCCCCCCAUAGAAUAAUAUACCACUGGAAUCGUUCCUCCACUUUGGAUUAGGCCUGUGUGCUGAAUCUGUUGAGCCAGAGCGUUCUGUUUACCACAGCCUCUGACACAGAGAAGUGCUUUCUCUUUCAGUUGUGAUCUAUUAAGAACAACUCAGUGCUUUCUUUCAGCUUUUGAGCAGAGAACAUUGCAUAAUAAUAACAAUGAUUUAUUAUUUAUACCCCGCUCAUCUGGCUGGGUUUCCCCAGCCGCUCUAGGCAGCUCCCAACAGAAUAAAAAUGCGAUAAAAUACCAAACAUUUAAAACUUCCUGAUACAGGGCUGCCUUCAGAUGUCUUUUAAAAGUAAGAUAGCUGCUUAUUGCCUUGACAUUUGAUGGGAGGGCGUUCCAUAGGGCGGGCGCCACUACCAAGAAGGUCUUCUGCCUGGUUCCCUGUAACCUCACUUCUCACAGUGAGGGAACUGCCAGAAGGCCCUUGGAGCUGGACUUCAGUGUCUGGGCAGAACGAUGGUGGUGGAGACGCACCUUCAGGUAUAGUGGGCUUGAGGCUGUUUAGGGCUUUAAAGGUCAGCACCAACACUUUGAAUUGUGCUUGGAAACGUACUGGGAGGGUACAUUGCUUAUAAGAGAGUGAGAGUAGUUUCCCCUGUCCCCAGUUGAUUUAUUUUUCAAAACUUCAUCUUUUAUCAGUGGCUACAUAUUUCCAGAACAUUUCAUGAUAAUAGUUUCCUGGUUUCUUACUGACUUAUACUAGAACUGCAAGGAAAGGUGGUGAGGGGAAUCAGUUAUUAAGUCCCCUCACCAGCAGCAGUGCUUUCAGCUAACCCAACAAAAUGUUUUAAUUUCAGCUAAUCCAAGAAAAGGAUUUAAUAUGAGCUGAGAAUCAGAACCUGCUCAGUCCCCUGCUCAGUCACAGAAAUAUAACCUUUGAGCAUGAGUGUUUCUUUCACUACCAAGUUGCUAAUAGUCGUGUUUAGGAGAACAAAGGAGAGAGUUUGUGAACAAAAGCAGCACGAAAGGCAAUAAAAAGGUUGUGUUCAUCUCACAGUUAAGCCAGGAACUGUGGUUUAUAGCGCAUGAGCCAGUUGUGCUCACUUUGCUUUUCCAUGCUUUCACUGUAAGGAAACAAACCGUGAACUGUUUCUGUAAGGAUUACAAGCCAUUGGGUGUACUUUCAAGUCAUUUCUGAGGCAGCCAUCUUUGAGUGGUCUAUGCAUUUGAGGGAUUUGGCAUGGUAGAAUAUUAAGUGUGUUUUAUUUUAAUCUUUUUUCCCUUUUUUUUAGCUGUGCAGGCAGCAUUGGAAAAGCAGCAUUUUUUUGACAAUCAACCAGUUUCAGUUUAUCCAUACUACGGUUCUUUAGAUAUGGUUUUGUAUGGAAAGGAGAGGGCUGAAAUCAAGAUGCCAGACCCCGUCAGAGUCCCCUUAGAUCCUUAUAUCUGGCAGUUUCUACAGGGGAAGGAUGGCCUGGUCCAAGAAAUAAAUCAAGAAAUGGCAAAGUGUCACAGUGAGCUAACGUGGCCUCAGGCGACUUGCAAACAGCCAGAGGUUGUGAUACACCCUUCAGCUGCCUUAUCUAAACAAGGAAGGUCAAUGAGGGAACUGAUCAAGACUUGGAAGGAUAAAAUUUCUAUGGAGUUUACACGCAUCAUGUCCAAGUUCAAGGCUGUUCAAUGCAAAACCAUCCCAGCAGCAUGGCCUACUAUAGAAAACAAUUUGAUAAAGGAUGUUUUGGCAAUUUGGGAUGUUUCCAAAGAAACAGUUACCCUCGCCGGUUUUGUAUUUACUGUGGACGGUGUGAAGAAAUCGAUAAACGAAUACAUGGAAAAUUUGACCAAAGAUGCAGAAAGAGCUAAGCAAACUAUACGUGAAACUUUGGCAGUCACCCCGGGGAAGUAUGCUGUUCUGCAGCAGGUUUUGCUUGAAGAGAACGUCUAUAAAGAGAACCCAGACCUUAAGUUCUCUUACGAUACUUCAGCAGAGAUGGUGCAGCUGAGUGGAAUGGUUGCGGAAGUCUAUAAGAUGAAAUGUGCCCUACAGGAGAAGCUGUAUAACAUAAAGGAGAAAAAAGUCAACACCCCCCCUGCAAUAUUUCAAUUCCUACAGCAUGCAAAUAACAGAAAGGUAACAGUGAUCAUAUUUGGUGCAAAUAAAAUCAAUGCCUCCUAUGAACUUCAAUAUGAUUCUGUAGCAUUAUUCGGAUAUCUUGAUGACAGUCUCUUGAAAGCAGAGGAGCAAAUGAUGAAAAACCUAGCUCAUAAAUCUAUUACUUUGAUGAACCGUGAACUUGUCAACAAAAGGGAAUGGAAAGAACUCACUGAGCGAUUGCAUAAGAAGCACAAUUCUGUUGAGGUAGCUUUUGUAAUUGAUGUUUGCCUCACUUUGGAAGAAGAGGCCAAAGUAACCAUUGCUGGUUAUACAAAAGCUGUAGUAGAUGUUUAUCAGGUGCUUUCUGACUUCGUUGAAAAAAACACACAAAUUCGAAAAGUAAUCCCUGCCAAGGCUGUGGCCGUUGUGCAGUUUAUGGAGAAGGAAAAGGGCAACGUUUGGCAGAAUCUGAGGAAGAAUGGCCUGAAAAUCAAUUUUGGGCAGCAAGCUCAGGAGAAGAAUAUUAUCCUGAGUGGGCCUAGAGCAGAUGUGAUGAAAGCUGCUGCUGUGGUUGAACAAGAGCUGUCUUUACUGUAUUUUGUUACCGUGUCAUUUGAUAAACCGGGAGUGAAAAAUUUCUUCAAAACCCGAGAACAUACCUACAUUACUGAGGCAAAGCAAACCUUUCACUGUUUGAUCAGGCUGCAGAAAGAAGGAGAAGAUAAAGGAAACUUUGAUGAAAAACUAGGGCACCCUCACGCUAAAAUAAUUUUAAAACAUGGUGUUGUGGUAGAGGCUUAUAAGGGUGACUUGACCCGUUCCUUGGUUGAUGUUGUGGUCAAUGCAUCCAAUGAAGACCUCAAGCACAUUGGUGGCCUUGCAGAUGCCCUGUUAAAAGCGGCUGGCCCACAGCUGCAAAGUGAGUGUGAUGACCUAGUCAGGAAGCAUGGACGUUUGAAGCCUGGCCGUGCAAUUAGAACACAUGCUUGGAAUCUGCCAUGUAAAGAAUUGAUCCAUGCAGUUGGGCCGAGGUGGAACAGUUCAGAAAAAGAAAAAUGUACACGACUGUUAAAGGAGGCUGUGAAGCGAAGCUUAAACCUGGCAGAAACAUAUAACCAUCGCUCCAUAGCCAUCCCUGCCAUAAGCUCUGGGAUUUUUGGGUUUCCAUUAGAAGAGUGUGCCCAUACCAUUGUAGCAUCCAUUAAGGAACACUUGGAAGAAACCACUGAGAGUGGUUGCCUGAAACAGAUCUGCCUUGUGGAUGUGUCAGAUAAUACAGUCCAGGCUCUUGCUGAUGCUUUGAAUGAAAUAUUCGGAGAGGGGUCACCCAAACCCAAAUUACUGCCCAAACCCAAAUUACCGCUCAGUCAGCCCAAGGAAAUGGGAGAGAACGUUCAUGUGGUGACUUCUGCUGAAGGUGUGAAACUGAUACUUGAGGAAAAAGGCAUUGAAGAUGCAACGGUAAGCAUGUGAAAUGACCCACAAAGCAUUUUUCCAAAUGCAUGUUGAACUUCUCUUUUUGUGUUUAAAUAGAGAAUUACAAAUUAAUUUGAAUUGUAAAGCUCUUGUUAAAACAGGCGUGGCCAGCAGAGUGCCCUCCACAUACAAGUCCCUGCAGCUCUCACCAGUGGACAUGUGCCGCUUGAGAGUUCAGCAACAUUUAAAGGGCAUCAUACUGGUUACCCCUAGGAGAUUUUUAAACUGGGUUGUCCAACAUGGCUCCUGGAGGCACACAUUCAGAGGCUUUCCAUAAUACCCAGAGGAUACCCUCUAUGUGCUGAAAUUAGGCUUGAAAGAAGCAUACUGUUUUAUUAUCCAUCCAUCCAUUCAUCGCAUUUAUAUACUGCCUUUCUGCCAAGGCACAGAAGGUGGCUUACAAUUUUAAAGGGCUAAAACAAGUGAUAUAAUGUUUGAGGUUGGCUGAGGGAGGAGUCACUCUGACUGGAGCAGGGCCUGAAGUUGUCUGUACCUGCCUCCCUUUGCCCUUUUCCUCCUCCUCAAAGGGCAGAUGGCAUAUUGUAGCCAUUAGAGUAGGUUGUUGUCAGGGUGGAUGUAAUAAUGAUAACAGUUUUUCUGUUUUCCAAACAUGCCUAUUUGUUCCAAAAACCAAAAUGCCAUCCUUAUGUUCCAUGAUUUACAAGGCUGUUUUCCUUAAAGAGAUGAUGACUUGGAAUCAGAGAUUUGCUUUAAUAUGUUUGGUUUAGAAAAAAAGCAUCUCAUAUGACCUGGGGAUAGGGAAGAAAAGACUACAAAUUGCAUUUAUUUUAUGCCAAACCAAUACAAAAUAAGUGCAUGGUGUUUCAGUGAUCUCAUCCACAAAUAAAAAAUAGCUUUGCAUGAUGAUGAUUGAAAACCUGGUGUUUACAAAUAUGAUGGUUUGCUUGUUGCGGAUAUUCCUGCUCAAAUUGGACUACUGAAUAAUAAUUUACGAUGGUCAUCUGUGACUGAUGAAAGCAUAAUAAUGUCUUGCUGGCUCUUGUCUGUGAUCCAAGAGUGGUCAGAUGCCCCUGGAAAAUUUAAAAGCAAGGCAUGACUCUGUGGCUUGAUAUAUGUAACCCCCUUGCAAGUAUUUUUAUGAGUGUUAUGGUUACAGACCGACGUUGUCGUGAGCAGUAUUGGAACUGAUCUGAAGCUUGGUGUGGGUCCACUUUCCAAGGCUGUGCUGCAGAAGGCAGGACCAAUGCUCCAAGCCCAGUUUGAUCAAGCAAUCCAAAGCCAAGGUGCUGAGGGCAGCUGUGUGAUCCAAACAGGCGGAUAUAACCUGGCCUGUUCCAUUGUGCUCCAUGCCGUCAUUCCCCAAUGGGAUGCCGGAAAAGGACCUGCAAUUCAGGUAAUUGCUUCAUACCCUUGACCACAUUAAUUGUGGUGGAAUGUAAAAUACACAAGUCCUAUGUUCCCCCACCCCACCCCAGGGACUCACAACAGCCCCAGCUAAGACGAUCUCGCAAGUAAAGUGGUCCUGAGUUGUUUUGGGGAUUUAUAUACAAUCAAACUUUGGUUCCUGAAUGGCUUAGUUGCCGAACAUACUGACUCCCAAACACCGCAAACCCAGAAGUAAGUGUUCCAGUUUGCCAACAUUUUUUGGAACAUUUGACGUGGCUUCUGCUUGAGUGCAGGAAGCUCCUGCAGCCAAUCAGAAGCUGCUCCUUAGUUUUCGAAUGAUUUUGGAGUCGAACGGACUCACAGAACGGAUUAAGUUCAAGAACCAAGGUACCACUGUACUAAUAGCAACACCUUGAACUUGGCCCUAGCAAAUGGGCAACCACUGCAGAUCUCUUGAGCACAGGUGCUGUAUGCUGGCAAGGCCUCAAUCCUGUCAGCAAUUGUGUACAGCAAUCCUGUCAGCAAUAGUACAGCAAUCUGCGCUAACUGCAGCUUCCAGGUGAAUUGCAAGGGAAGCCCCACAUAAUAGAGCACAUUGCAGUAAUCCAGUCUUGAAGCAUCUGGUGCAUGGACUACAGUGGCCAAGCAGAUGCAUUAAUUAGAGUUGGUGAAAGGCACUUUUAGCCACAGAAGCUACCUGAGCCUUUGGUGACAGAGAUGCAUCCAGAAGCACCCCAAAACUGCGAGCCUGGUAGUGUGGGCCAUGCUGAGCUAGGCGGACCAGUGGUCUAAAUAUAUGGCAGUUUCCCAUGAACCUUUCCAAUGUUGCUUGAAGCACCUUUUCCACAGCCCACCUCUGGCUACUAGAACUGAAGUGUUUGAAGCAAUGGAGUAUUAUGAGUUAAGGUUGGGUUACCUAGCUUGGCACUGGGUUUGAACAUGCCCUUAAUUGGUAUAUUGAUAAUGCACACAAGGAGGAGGCAGAUGUUCUGGCUUGAAUGGCUAAAAAUCAUAUCUGAAGAUACCUGGGUGUAUAUUUUACAGAAGCUUAAGGAUAUUGUGAGAGAAUGCCUGGAGAACACUGAACAGCUGUCGUUGAGCUCUAUCUCCUUCCCAGCGCUUGGAACAGGAGGUUUUCACUUUCCAAAAUCUGAAGUUGCUAAAUUAAUGUUUGAGGAGGUGCUUCAGUUCAGUAGCAGGAAGAAUUUGAAGUCCCUUCAGGAAGUUCGCUUUCUCUUGCAUCCAAAUGAUAAAGACAACAAACAGGUAAUGUGAUUGCUUUCCUGUCUUAAAUUGUUCCAAAUGUUGGUUUGCAAAUACUAUACUUGAUAAUAUUAAGUCAUUUUUUUGUCUCCAGUUCUAGAACUGUGUUCUGUUCCUACAUUGGGGGGGGGGUCGGAUCUCAGAAACCUUGGGGGUAACGCUUUGGUUUUCUUUCCAGGUCUUCUCACAAGUGUUCUCUCAAGCUUCUGGAAUUUCCAUGGGUGUUCCCCCGAGUGAUGGAGACAGUACAGGCAAGUUGACUUGUUCAGUUGCAGCCGAAUUCUGAUCUCUCCGGCCCUCUUUGAUGAUGAAUAAACAGCUACAUGUGAAAAUGAAUUUGGACUGUGGCUCUGGGGGAGGGAUUUUAACCCCAUUUCCCUUUCCUCUUUUGAAAUUGCCUACCUCUUAGGGAGCUAAGAGGAGCUUCAGUCAGGGAAACAUGAAAUAAUUGUUGGCUCCUACUUCCCCACUCCAAAAUACCUCUCUUCAGAAGCUGCUACAGUGCUACCUCAGUUCUCGAACAAAAUCUGUUCCGGAAGCCUGUUUGGCUCCCGAAUCAUUCAAAAACUGAGGCGUGGCUUCCCAUUGGUUGCAAGAGCUUCUUGCACUCAGUGGAAGCCGCGUCGCACAUUCAGGUUCCAAAAAAUGUUCAAAAACAGAAGCAUUUACUUCUGGGUUUUCAGCGUUUGAGAACCAAAACGUGUGACAACGGUGGUGUUUGGGAACCGAUGUUCCACUGUAAUAACAUUUUUUAAAAAUUGUGUUAGUUCCUGGUUACUGAUCUUUGUGUUGCUUCAACCUUCAUCUUUUGUAGCAAAAUGAACAGUUUUCUGCAUUGGUUAUAUUCUCCUGCUUCUUUGUUCACUCUCAGGUUUCUUUGGGCCUGUUUCAACCCCUAGUUUGGGAAUUCAUGAAAUGCAGAUUGGAUCAGUUCUAUUUCAAAUAGUAACAGGAGACAUCACAAAGGAAAAUACAGAUGUAAUUGUAAACUUAACAAAUGCAACAUUUGAUUCCAAAACAGGUACUGAAUUUCAGUUAAUUUAUCUAUUGUCCUGAAUUUAUGUUGAUGAUGAUUUAACUGGGAAAUGGGAAAAAGCAUUUUAAUAUGCAAACACGUUGCUGGAUACGUGUGUGUAUGUUUGUGACAUCCACUCAGAUAGCUGCAAAAUGGGAUCAGAAGAUGGAUUUUAUGUAGCAUCACUAUACUACACUGGUUCAAACUAUAGUAUACCUAUAAUACAAUGUCUAAUGUGAUUUCUGACAAGUUUGACAUGUAAGUUAUAGAGAUGUAAUUUUAAGCAUUUGUUGGUGUUACUUGCAAAAGUGAGCUGAGUUUUGAAUAGCUUUUAUUACCUACAGUAAUAAACUGUCUCCCUCUGAUUUUUGAAGGUGUCUCCAAAGCAAUUUUGGAAGGUGGUGGACCUCAAGUUGUAGCAGAGUGUGCGCUACAUGGUAUGACACAACAAACGGUCCGAUUCAGUUAGAUAAUAUUUAAAGUUCUUUCAUAGAGAGGAACUGCUCAUGUCUCAUUGUAGAUUUGAUUAUUUCCUAAUCAGCUAUUAUAGGGAGUGGGGUUAUUGGGGCUAGAUGAAUCGUUAUGCUGUAUAAUAUGCAGUUGUAAUCUGUAGUUUCUCGGUGCUGGGAAGAUUCUCGUUAUCACAAGAUGUGCAUUGGCACAUUUCCAACUAGAAGGAUGUUGCAUGCUAGCACGAGAAGCAGAAUACUGUUGCCUACUGCAUAAUACUUAAAAAGUAUAAUGGGGAGGGAUGCAGUUUGUAUGAUUGUACCCACACUUGAGUUGGCCUGCCUUUUGGGGGACAUCUGCUGACAGAGGAGAAAGUGUACCUUAUGCAUCAGGGAUAACCAUUCUCAAUUCCCUAAAUAUGAUCUGGAUGGGGCAUCCCAUGUCCUUUUUACACAAAGCUCUGGAUGUUAUACACUUCUUUCUCUUCUCUUCUCUUCUCUUCUCUUCUCUUCUCUUCUCUUCCUUCUCUUCUCUUUCAAAAACAUAAACCAGUGUAUAAUAGCAUGCAGCUGAAAAAAAUCAUCUAGGUGGGAAGUAAUCUUGAUACACAAUAGGGUGAUCUGUUACCAAAUCUUUGUGCUGUAGGGCAUAGCUUUUAAUGAAAAGUAAGUUUUAUCUUGCACAGGGACGCGGGUGGCGCUGUGGGUAAAACCUCAGCGCCUAGGACUUGCCGAUCGCAUGGUCGGCGGUUCGAAUCCCCGCGGCGGGGUGAGCUCCCGUUCCUUGAUCCCUGCUCCUGCCCACCUAGCAGUUCGAAAGCACCCUUAAGUGCAAGUAGAUAAAUAGGUACCGCUUUCUAGCGGGAAGGUAAACGGCGUUUCCGUGUGCUGCUCUGGUGCCGGUUCUCUCUUUGGCAGCUUCUGACCUUUCCUAACUCCUGGCACUGAAUGUGAGUGAGCCUGGUACAAAAUGAAAUGUAUGUUCUCUGUGCACAUAGCCAGAAAAUGUAUCGGAGGUAUCUACCCAGCAUGGGACGGGACCCCCCAAAAUAUGGGCAAUGUGCAGAGAAAACUCGCUUUGUUUGAGACAAUGAAGGGCAGACAGUUGCCAAAAAGAGAUUCCUAGUUGCUGCUGGCCACCUGCAGACCAUCUCUUUCGACCUGCUAAUAUUUGUAAUCUAUGCCAAAGGCAUUUCAUUCUGCAAUAUGUCAUUCACUGACAAUGAACAACUACUGGGAAUUUAGACUUGUGUUGAUUAAGUAUGAAUAUACAGCUUGUCAUCCUUUUUUUCUUUUAGGCUCACAGUCUCACAAUGGAUUUAUAACCACGCAAGCUGGCAAUCUGGUCUGUAAGAAAAUAAUCCACCUUGCGCCCAAUUCUGAUACCAAAAAUCAGAUCUCCAUAGUGCUCAGUGAAUGUGAAGCAAAGAAGUAUACAUCUGUUGCCUUCCCUGCAAUUGGAACAGGUUUGCAAAUAAGGUUUCAUUUAAGGAGCGAAGGGCAGAAUUCUAGUGGAAAGUUUCACCUAUUAAUAGGUCACUGUCGUUAGGGCAUUUGAGUUCCUGGAAUAAAUUUCAAAGGCAAUUCUAGUGGGCUGGCUGCCCGUACACUGCCAGGCCAGGUUCAAGGUUCUUGCAUUAAUUCACAAAACUUUAACCAAUUUGGGUGCAGGAUACCUUAAGGAUCACCUGCACAGUUCAUAUCCACCAAGAGCCACAUGUUCAAUGUUGCUCGAUCAUGCAGGCAAUGCUGGGAUCUUGAAAUAUCAAUAGAGCAGUUCAGAAUAUCAAAAUAACAAAUAAUUGAUGACAACAAAGGUCCACAUUUAAAGCAGCAUAAUUAAUGGAAAAACACCGCCUGGUGUGGAGAGGACUACAGGUGGAAACAUCAUUCCUUUUCCUAUCAUUCUGUUUGGCACCAUUGCUUUUCUGCUGUGCUUUCCCACCUCCUCAUUCCAGAAAUGACAGAGGGUUGCUGCAGCCAUAAGGGCUCGCACACUUGCAUUCUGUUACCAUACAUUCCCGUGUAUAAGACUAGGUUUAUUUCCUUAAAAAUCAUGGUAAAAAGUGGGGGUCGUCUUAUACCUUGGUAGUGCAUAGGGUAGACGUUUCAUUUGUUGCUGCCGCAGCUGUCAACAACUAUUGUGCAUGUUAUUGGUUGCUGCAUUAAUGGGUGGUGGUGAAAUUUCUGAAAUUUCCUGAAAUUUCAGUCCCCCAAAAUAGGGGGAUCUUAUACAUGGGAGCAUCUUAUACAUGGAAAAGUACAGUAAUUUGGAAGAAUGUUUUCUGUGGGGAGAGCAGGAAGACAAGUGGUCUAACCUGUCUGCUGGCCAUAUGGAACUUGUGAUGGGCAUUUGUUUCGCCUCAUUAAGGUGCUCUUUUUUAACAUCAGAUGCGGGGGAAGGAAGGAGCUAUGGGGUUCACUCCUUUGCUCAGCUGAUCAUUGCUUGUCAGCCAUGUUGAACUGGUGGAAGGAAAUAGGAUCUUCUAUAUUUUAAAAUGAAAGUGCAGACACUUACACUAGCACCUGUUUGUGUUUUCUUUUGUGAGAUGAGCAGCCCCUUUCCAUUUUGUGCAUAAUGCAUUUAUUCUUCUCUGGAUACAGGCCAGGCAGGGAAGAACCCAGCAGACGCAGCUGAUGACAUGAUUGGUGCAGUUGCUGACUUUGUGGGCAAAGUACCACUGCAGUAUUUGCAAAUGAUCAAAAUAGUUAUUUUCCAGCCGCAUAUGCAGAAUGCUUUUUAUGCCUCUAUGAAAAAGAAAGAAGGUGCUGCAUUACCCACCUCUAAAUCUGUGUUUUCUAAAAUUAAAGGUAAGUGCAGAGGGGUAUAUCCUUCAUAUUCCUGGCACGAUGUCUUGUAAUAUUUCUUUGGCAUAUUUAACAGAACGUCUCUUUCUCUGCAGAUUUUAUCUCUGGUAAGAAAAAAACCCCUGGAAAGAAACGUCAGUUGGUUGUGGAAACCAAGGUGGAGGUUGCCGUGUUUGAAGUCUGUGGUGAAAGCAGAGAAAAUGUUCAGGAGGCCGAGUCCUGGUUAAAGAAAAUGAUUCUUCGGGAACAGACAGAAAAGCUUAUCUCUGAUGAAUCAAUAGAUUUGUUUGGUGAUGAAGAAAUUAAGGAACUGAACAACCUCCAGAAAAGACUGCAUAUUGCCAUUCAGCUGGAAAGAAAGCAAUCUCCACCUUUCAUUCUCGUAUCGGGCAUUCCUCGUGAUGUCCUGGAAGCCUACACACAAAUUGAUGACCUGGUCAAGAAAAUUAAACGUGACCGGGAAGAGCAAUCCAAGGCAGAACUUGCUCACAAUUUGGUCGAGUGGCAAUAUUCCACAAAAGGGAAUGAUUUUGCGCCUUUUGACAAGUUAAGCAAUCUUCAUUUGGAAGAUGCUAGAAUGAGUAAGAAAAACACGAAGGUCCAAAUUCUCGGAAGGAGCUACACAGCAGACACCAGAAAAAUGUGUGCUGUGGAUGGCCAAGGAAAAACUGUAAACAUUAAGCGCAUUGUAAAGGAGGAAGGUAAUGAGGGGCUUAACUAAUCAAGGCCUAGGUUAGUGCCUGUAUUCCUUUUGGGUGUGUUGGAUUCCCAAUAGUGCAGGGAUGGGGAACUUUUUCACCUCAAAGAUUGUUUUCCCUUCUGGGGGCCACGUGCUGGUUUGGCAUCACCAAAAACGAGUGGGCAAAGCAACAAAUGUAUGUAACUUUUACCUCUGUCCAGUGGGCUAGUUUCUGCACUCACUCACCUAUUCCUCCCUAUCCUCCCUCCAGAGAAUCAAGAGGCGUUAUCAGAGCUUAAGGACCACUUUCUAUCCAAGCAAAAGAAUUUGGAAUGGGAAGCGGGCUCAGUGAGGGGUGUGGCCUGGAAGGAGAGGGUGUGGCCUGGGCAGAGUUCUGAGGGCAUGGAAUGUGGCAUUUGGUCACUAGGCUUGAGGUUCCCUACUGCUCGGUGGGUGAAUGUGACCUCGCUAAAAUACCUCCCUCAGGAAGUAACAGCAAGAAUCAGCUUGCUCCUGAGUGCUGGAAGGGAUGUGGUGGCAGUUGAUGGCAUGAAACAGUAGACUCCUUCAUAGCUCAAAUUCCCAAACUCCAGAGCUUAAAACAAACCUCUAUACUUACACACAUCUUUAAUUUGUAAUGUCAGUGUCAGGGGUCACCAGUGUAUUACAGCUGUACCCAUAAAGUUUUCCCUCGGCACCUCCAAGGCCUCUCAGCCCUCAGUCUCACUGUUCCCUUGGACAUACAGUGGUGAGGGCAUUUACUUUUUUUCUCCUUUGAAAAGUCCAUAGAGCAGGAGGAGGAAGUUGCAAGAGUGGCACUCUUUCCUAUUUCCUCUUUCAACUGUUUGUAUUUUCUAAGCCUCAGAUUAAUUUUACUGGGUCCAACUUUUACUUAGAUCACUUGGAAAAAAGUUUGUGUGUUCAUGUUUUCACUCUUUUUGCCUCUCAGGGUGGGCGCGAAGGGUGCUGACCCAAGGGAAGGGAAGGGGAGGGGAGGGAGCGGAUGGCUCCUUCAGCACACAAAUAUCCAAAUGUGCUCACCCUUUCCAGGUGGACCGUCAGUACCUGUCCCUACACAAUGGGAAGAUAUGAAGGGACAUCGUGUCAAGAUGGUUUUGCUGCAACCGGCAGCAGCAGAAUACAAAGAAGUUGAAAAGAAAUUCCGGAGUAGCUGCCCUACAAACAAAAUAGAAAAGGUGAAGUAUGGAAGAGGCAACAAGCUCGGGGAGCAUGUUCCCCUUACAAGCAUGCAUCGUUGAGUUGUAUCGAAAUGCUGUACAACGUUGUCAGACCCUCAUGUAAUAUCCAGACACACAAUAUGUCCAUGCAACUGAAGAGUGUGCAUGCGUAAAAGCUGUCAUAGUUAGGAUAUCCCCUUUCCUUCAGCUACAAUUCCUAUUUACAUUCAGUUAUAUGGAAUAACUGUCCAUAUGCCCUUCACAUUGUCUCUGAAGCUGGGAAUAGGAGCAUUAUUUGCGUUCACUUAAAAUCAAGCUACUGAGCUUAGUGAUGAGUUCAGCUUGCAAACAGGGCUUCUCAGCCUUGUGUUUGCUGAAUAAUGGGACCCCAUUAUGGGACUCUUUCAGGGAGAAGCAGCAGGUGCGUUUCUUAAGCAUUCCCCACCUACUGAUUUUCCUCUGUAACACUUGGAUGAUGACAAAGCCAGCGUGGUGAAGAAGAUUGGUAGUGGGGAGUAGUGGUAGGGAGCGGGAGGCGCUGUGGUCUAAACCACUGAUUUUCUUGGGCUUGCCGAUCAGAAGGUCAACAGUUCAAAUCCGUGCGACGGGGUGAGCUCCCGUUGCUCAGUCCCAGCUUCUGCCAACCUAGCAGUUUGAAAGCACACCAAUGCAAGUAGAUAAAUAGAUACCGUUGCGGCAGGAAGGUAAAUGGCAUUUCCGUGCACUCUGGCUUCCAUCACGGUGUCCUGUUGUGCCAGAAGUGGCUUAGUCAUGCUGGCCACAUGACCUGGUAACUAUCUGUGGACAAACGCCAGCUCCUUCGGCUUGAAGCGAGAUGAGUGCCACAAUCCCAUAGUCGCCUUUGACUGGACUUAACCGUCCAGGGGACUUUUACUUUCUUGUUCCCUUCUGUUGCUGUUUCCCUGUAAAUGCCACCCCUUUAUGUUAAUUAAGCAUGGGGUUUGGAAUACAGUGGUACCUCGGGUUACAUACUCUUCAGGUAACAUACGCUUCAGGUUACAGACUCCCCUAACCCAGAAAUAGUACCUCAGGUUUAGAACUUUGCUUCAGGAUGAGAACAGAAAUCGUGCUCCUGUGGCGUGGCGGCAGCAGGAGGGCCCAUUAGCUAAAGUGGUGCUCCAGGUUAAGAACAGUUUCAGGUUAAGAACGGACCUCCGGAACGAAUUAAGUACUUAACCCGAGAUACCACUGUAUGUGCAUGUUGACAUAGUGUGUAGUUGUGCCCUUUUAAUGUUUCAAUGAGACCCAUAAUCUGUUUUUACAACCAGAUACUGUCUUUUUCUUUUUCUUAAUCUCUCUCAAUGUUGUAUUUUCUUUGCAACUUUUGUAGAUUGAGAGAGUUCAGAAUCCUUACCUUUGGAAAUCCUACCAACUCAAAAAGCAGGAUAUGGAUAAGAAGAACACCCAUGACAAAAAUGAACAGAUUCUGUUCCAUGGGACUCCUGCUUCCACGGUGACCCCCAUUAACCACACUGGAUUUAAUCGCAGUUAUGCUGGAAAGAACGGUAAGUCAAUCUGAAAUUAGGAAUUAGGUAAUUUACUAAAGGAAUGUGAUAGCGAGUGUGAUUUGCAAACCGCUCUAAAAAGCAGAUAAAGAAAUACCUACAAUUCAGUAGUGAAUGAUCCCCUCUAUAUCAGAGUGGGGAACCUGGAUAUUGCCCCCAUCAAGUUGUUGGAUUCCUGUUCCCAUUAGACUCAGCCAAUAUGGCUGGGUCAGUAAUAAUGGGAGUUGUAGUCCAACAACAUCUGGACAGCCACAGGUUUCUAAGUUUAAAAAAAACGGGAACUUGCUUUCUUAUAGCCAAAUACCUUUUAAUGUCUUUUCAGAAAUUAGUCUUGCUAUUUUGAAUAAGACUUUUAUACAGGAAAGCAAAGGAGGUGCGAGAGACUUCAGUUGGAACACCUUUGAGAGAUUCAGUGGAGAAUUCUGCCUUAAAAUAAAAACGAAAGGAGAUGUUAGUAUUGGAAAGGAACACAUUAUAUAAAGAAACAAAACAUGUGCCCAUGUGGGAACUGUGGGUAACAUGUAUGCCAUCUUGGUUCCCAGAUGGAGGAAAAGUGAGAUACAGUGGUACCUCGGGUUACAGAUGCUUCAGGUUACAUACGCUUCAGGUUACAGACUCCGCUAACCCAGAAAUAGUACCUUGGGUUAAGAACUUUGCUUCAGGAUGAGAACAGAAAUCGUGCUCCAGCGGCACAGUGGCAGUGGGAGGCCCCAUUAGCUAAAGUGGUGCUUCAGGUUAAGAACAGUUUCAGGUUAAGAACGGACCUCCAGAACGAAUUAAGUUCUUAACCUGAGGUACCACUGUAUAAAUGUAAGAAACUAAGUAAAUCCCUCUUCCAGUUGAUGUGUUUUUAUACAAGGCAUUUUUCCAUUUAAGGAGAAAAAUGGUUAAUGUACCUAAUUUUUUGCCUUCAAAAGCAGGAACUUGUAAUAAUAGUAAUAAUAGACAAAAGUAAUGAUAUAAUAAAAUAAAAGUAAUAACAGUAAUAGUAAUAAUAUAAUAUAUUCAUAUCCCACCCUUCUCCCAAGUUGUGAUUCAAGGUGACUUAACAAUAUUUAAAAGCAUCAUUAUAAAAUAGAAUUAAACUAGUUAAAAGACAAUAGUGAAAAUACAUCAGAACACAUAUAAAACCAGAAAUUAAAACACAGAAUGCCCUGAGCGCACAGACCAGUGAUCAGCAUCAUCUGCAACUUAGUUUUCAAAGGCUGUCUGAAUAGGAAGGUGUUAAUUCUGUGUUCAGGGCGGCUGUCUACCAGCUCCAUCUGGUACGCAGGCUGAGACCCUACCUGCCUGUGGACUGUCUUGCCAGAGUGGUGCAUGCUCUAGUUAUCUCCCGCUUGGACUACUGCAAUGUGUUCUACGUGGGUCUACCUUUGAAGGUGACCCGGAAACUGCAAUUAAUCCAGAAUGCGGCAGCUAGACUGGUGACUGGGAGUGGCCGCCGGGUCCACAUAACACCAGUCCUGAGAGAUCUGCAUUGGCUCCCAGUACGUUUCCUAGCACGAUUCAAAGUGUUGGUGCUGACCUUUAAAGCCCUAAACGGCCUUGGUCCUGUAUACCUGAAGGAGCGUCUCCACCCCCAUCGUUCAGCCCGGACACUGAGGUCCAGCGCCGAGGGCCUUCUGGCGGUUCCCUCAUUGCGAGAAGUGAGGUUACAGGGAACCAGACAGAGGGCCUUCUCGGUAGUGGCGCCCGCCCUGUGGAAGGCCCUCCCUUCAGAUGUGAAGGAAAUAUGCAGCUAUCCUAUCUUUAAAAGACAUCUGAAGGCAGCCCUGUUUAGGGAAGUUUUAAAUAUUUAAUGCUGUAUUGUUUUUAACAUUUGAUUGGAAGCCUCCCAGAGUGGCUGGGGAAGCUCAGCCAGAUGGGUGGGGUAUAAAUAAUAAAUUAUUAUUAUUAUUAUUAUUAUUAUUAUUAUUAUUAUUAUUAUUUUAUUAUUAUUAUUAUUAGAGUGUGUGUUUUCAUUUAUUUAAUAGAGUUAGCUGCUUGUCUAGUGUAUUAAAUAGCUUUGCAGAUUAAAUAUGGUUGUAAUGUGUUUCUUUUUUUGGCCUCAGCUGCAGCGAUUGGAAAUGGGACCUAUUUUGCUGUCCAUGCAAGCUAUUCUGCAAAUGAUGCAUAUUCCAGACCAGACGCCAAUGGUAGCAAAUAUAUGUAUCUUGCUCGGGUUCUUACUGGGGAUUAUUGCACUGGAAAACACGGACUGAUUACUCCACCACCAAAAAGCAUUGGAGGCGUUGAAAUUUACGACAGCGUGACUGAUAACACGGAUAAACCAACAAUGUUUGUCAUAUUUUAUGAUUCUCAGGCUUAUCCAGAAUAUCUUAUUACCUUCAGAAGAUAAGUUGCUUUUGCAGCCGAAGACCCAUUGUGCUGCCCCUUCCCAUGAUAAUCUGAAAAUGCUUUUUAGAAAUUACUAGUUUUUGAAAUUUCUGACUAAUUGGUUUAGUUAUGCCUUCCAAAGACUCAAAUAAUUUUGACUGAUAUCUAGUAAAGCUUGUGACACGCGUUUUGAAAGUGUGCUUGAAGUCAGGCAGGGUUUGUACAACUUGGUAACUUUAGUGUAGGUAGAACUGACUUGAACAGAAAAUGCUGAAAUUAAAAUAGGGUGGGUAAUAUGUUAGAACCAUGUGUGCUGUCAUCUCAUAAAGGCAAUGGGUAAAAUAUAUCAAGGGUGGUCUCCGAUGUCUGCCUUUCCCUAUACAUUCUUCAAUGUUCUACUCAGUUUGGGUGGAACUGCGCAUUGCACAUGGAUACAAGCCUCAUUGACUGUUGCUUCCAGGGAUAGCAGUUGCAGCAGGGCAGAGAACCUCAUCUUUGCUCAGUGCCCUUUAGAAUUGCAUCUUCUGUCCAGUCCCUUUCCCUGCGGCUCUCUAUAGAGUUGAAGAUGUGUUUGCUCUAAAAGAAAUAUGGUUGAGAAAUAGCUUUUGUUAGUGGGCUGGUGCAGUAGCAGCAGAAGUUACAAAGCAGCCAAGUAGAGCUUUGUAAUGUAGGUACAUCCUUACUAUCUUUGCUAGUUCUCAGGAAAUUCUGAGUGUCACCACUGUGCCUCCCAUCCACUUUUUCAGAUUGUUGUGCCUAUUUGCAGUGACUUGUCUAUGCUGUUUAGAUCAGCAGCCUGCACUACCUAUGCAUAGUGUCAAAUCAUUUUUCUCAGGUACUUAAAAGGCAAGAAUGUACCUAUUUCUGGAGACAUUUUUAGCAACGAGCUUUUUUCUUAAAACGAAAAGGCCUGUAUGUAUUCACUGCAAGAGUUUCCUCUGAAAGCUCCUUAUCCCCUCUUUUUGCUUGCUGGUUAGCAGGGAAUUAAAUGAGAAAAGAAAGGUCCUUUCUAUCCCCAUCAGGGAUAGACUGUUGAGUAAUGUUGCCAACUGACCAGAAAAAAUACCCAGCCUGGGGUUACUUCUGUGUCUUUGGCAGCAAUUUGAUACUGAGAAAUCAGCAGGUGAGGCGCUUCACAGUAUGAAAAUUAUCUGCACAUCAAACAAAGGCCUAAUCUUAAGAGAAUGGGACAUUUUUAAAGGGCAAUGGAUGAUUCUUACAUCUGAGGCUUUAGAAAACAGUUCAGCCUCCUGUGAGAAAGCAUAAGAGGGUGGACAAGAGAGUACAUUUCUAGUAAUGUGUACGUCCAAGUGCCAGUUAUGCAGACUACAUGAGAAGCAACCAUCUCUGCUUGUAGAUACCUGAACUCUCAUGUCAAUAGGCAAAUAAAGCUGAAGGGCAUUGCUAUCAAGAAGAGGAAAGAAAACACUUCUCAAGCUGUGGCUUUUUAGCAGCUUCCAGAGGUGGCUCUAAGAAGUUUUGAUUCUAUCUGUUUGGGUAUGCAUAGAGUAUGGUGUCCUUUCACACUACAGGUGUGGCUUUUGUUCUUAGCAAUAUUGUUUUAUAUGGUGUACACAUGAACUAUAAUGGAGUUGUCAGACUGAACUGUCAAUUCACAUCCCUGUUUACAGUUCUCUCUGCAUCUAUAUGGGCAUACAUACUGCCACCUUAGUCAAUGCUUCACACCUUUUGCCAUAAUAAACUUGCUGGACUUUAAAGUAUCGCACAAAUAUUUGUUGCUUCUUCUUAGCAGCCAAUAUCCCUUGCUAUUAUUUUCAGCUGCUAGGACAAAAUUAGUCAAGUGCUUAGCUAACUCAAGGCAGAUCAUUGGGGGCAGACAGCACUAGGCCUAGGAAGAUGCUUAAAAGGUGUUCAGAGCAGUCCUUAAAUAUACCUCUUUAAAUUCAGCCCAAUAGCUGCCACUUGCAAAAUUGUUAGCUUUCUUCUGCUGCCAGGUUAUACCAUUGUGUCAUUAACUAAUUUUGGUUUUGUCAUAUUUCAAAUGCCUGUAUUAUCAUGUGAUUUCUGCUACUGCGACUCUCCUUAAAAUUAGUUCUAAUCUUGCCUCGCAUGUAAAUUUAUUAAAGGUUAUAAAAAUGCUCAGUUUGUC